CUCCGCCACGCCCUUCUUUGCCCGCGUGUUACAGAGUAUUCCACCGGAGACCUGCAGCAUCAGCGCCACCGACGCGACCUCAUCCUUGCCGGCCCUCCUUUUCACUGAGAUAACACCAACCGCAGUAUCCCUUUCCCAAGCACGAAGACAACGUCACGCUGGUGGUUCCAUGCAAUCUUCCAAGACCCGACCGUGUCGACCUUCCAAAAACUCGUGCAUAUUGACACUUACACCCACACGCCGGCGAGCUGCGCUAUCCCAUCACCAUAGGCGAGAGCCCGCUCACAGUAUCAUUUGAUAAGUGACUAGACUGUGCCGACCCUGUCUGGAUCUCGGAUUCAGUAAAGCAAGCUAGUGUGGACAUUCCUUCUCCAUCUAUUCCCUUUUGGGAUAAUUCAAAUUCAACCUCUCAUAUCUUGUUGGUUCACGAGCCUCCAGCCCACGGGGGAACACCCUCUGCGCUCUGAGAACGGCACCCCUGAUUUGGACCUCUUCGGACCCGAGACGUCGCCGGACUGGACACCGAACGCCAUGGCACCCCAGCAGCGGAUGCAAAUCCCCGGGUAUUACUACGAUGAGGAAAAGGGCAAGUAUUUCAAAAUCGAAAAGAACACUUCGGCGCCCCAGGGCGCCGCCUGGUCCGCGGCUAGUGUCAAGCGCCGCAAGAUCCAGCACCGUGAGGCCGAGGCCGUUGCCGCGCGCCGUGAGCGCCUAAAGCGCCACAUCACCCGCUCAGCCGUCCUCCGGCAUCCGCUCCUCGGCGGUGUUCUUGACGUCGAACACGGGCUUCAGCGUGAGCGGCGGAUGCGCGCUCACGCAGGCGUGCCUGCGGAGGACGUCCCCGCAGUCGCUUGGGCCAAGGGUAUUGUGGACAAGGGCGAGGUGCCGUUCGUGCCCAGCUUCGCGAGGCAGAGUUUCCCCAACAUUCCUUGCUUCUAUGUUGGCGGGGAUGAUGUCAAAACGGGACUCGGGGUUGCGUAUGCGACUUUGGAUGAGGAGACGUUGAUAGGAUCAUACAUCCCCACCGAUGAGAACGAGAGGAUAUCCUUCAGCACCGACGCCUCAAGCCGUCCGGAGCGCCGUCUUUCACAUCGACACGAGAUGAUCGGUUGUCCCCAGAUCUCAUCCAUCAACUACCAUCCGCACUCACACCGUAUAAUCGUCACCUCCCGUGAACCAAGCAACACGUGUGACAUCUACCUCUUCUCCCCUCCCAAGUCCGCCUCAAACGACGACCGGCCUCUCUGGCUGCUCGACAGAGCAAAUCAUCUCCGCCACACCUCCUUCAACACUGGCCGCCGCGAAGGCGUCGUGAACCAAACAACACCGGCGCCGCCCUCCUCUUCCUCCUUGACCUGCGUCAUCGGUACCUCCUACGGCCUCCUCAAGCUCACGUCGGACGAACGAAUCCACUGGCUUGGCCCGGCCCGUCCGCGCCCGGGCCCUGCCGAGGGCGAUUUCUUCGACCAGUCCUUCCUCCCCUCUAACCCCAACGUCCUCUUAGCCGGAGGGCGCAACCGCGACGUGCGGAUGAUCGACAUGCGUGUCAAGUGGUCCGAAUGGGAUAAUAUCCCCGUCGGGCCCGUGGCGCGCCUAAGAGCCGUGAACCCGCAUCAGUUCCUCGCCGCGGGGCCGCGUUCGCGGAUGGCACUGUACGACAUCCGUUACCGGCAGCGGAAGCCGAACGGCGCGAAGCCGGUGGUGGAGUUCGCCGGGUACCGGAACGAGGCGCACAUGCACGUCGGCUGGGACGUCGACCUCGACUCGGGUGUCGUGGCGGCGGCGCAUGACAACGGGCGCGUGGGCGUGUACUCGCUGCUCUCCGGACGGAGGUUGGCGUGUCCCGCCAUCGACGCCGUCGCGGCGAGGACGCCGGUGCGGAGCCUGCAAUUCCAGACGAUGCCGGGGCGGAGGCAUCCAAGCCUGUUUGUGGGCGUAGGGCCGAACCUGAAGAUGUUCUCGAUUGGAGCACUUGGGGAGGAUGACGAAUGUUAGGUGUUGAAGGGGACAGACAUUCCCGUGCCGGUCGACUACCUAUCUCGUCACCCGGCGGCGGCAUCUGGAAGCGGGAAAGUAGGAAUGGUCUUACAGAGCUUUAUUGAGAUAUUCUAAGGGCACAAGUCUCCCAAGUGGCCCGUCCCACCCAGUGUAGUUCUGCGCUUGGCAAGUGGCUCGUCCGCGUUCGCGUUCCAUUAGGAAUUUGGCGAUUGGCAAGUCGGCCGAGCAGGCCAUGCUCGAGCUGCCGUAGUGGUCCCCAAACAACCAAGAGGUCGGGAGGAGGGCGAAGCUGCCGGACACAAGAGAUCUUGUGCGGCUGAUUCCACCCAGUUUUGAGAGACCUGCUCGUUUGUAGAGUUUUCUAUUGAUUUCUCGGUCUUCGUCAGUGACGGAAACCGCUAUUCGCGGUCGACUUGAGCUGCUCGUCCGUCGUCCCGCGUCCUUCUUAGUUUCUCUGGCAGCUAUUGGGGGACAGAGCCCUCGGCUUGGUUGUACAUCUAUGCUCUCGUCUCAUCGACUAUCGGCAGUUCGUCUUCCCUUAGUUCCUCUGCCGUUCAUAUCUGAUCAAGUUCGGGGGCGAAGCCCAGUAUGAGAACCAGGCUCGAGUCAACACCCAUCCCCAAUCAUCAACAUGAUAUUUUAACAGCAACUAUAGGCAUUGAAGUAAAGCAAUAGGACAAUUCCUUUCCUAAAGAGAGAAACAGCCACACCUACACAAACAACAACAGAAUACACAUAUGUAGCUGCUUUUGUGCGUCUAGUAAGACCUACACCGACAGAGAUUCCGGGCCACUCUCCCGCACCGUCAUUUC